AUGGCGUCACCUUUUAACCUAAUCAAAAUCGAUUCCUCACCUAGUGUGAGUGAUUCUCUACUAAGUACAUUAAGUAACGAGGAAAGCGUACUAUCUAUCAAAACACAUAAUGGAUUUGACACUCCACGAGUGCAUAACCGAAAGAAACGUAGCAUUGAUUCAUCUUUUCUUUCGUUAAAAUAUCCGGACUUUCCUGUGAAGACUCAAUGUUCUAGUUGUAGCAAACUUAUUACUACUCAAAUUCAUCAUAAAAAUGGAAAAUUUGUAUAUAUAUUAGCCAUGGGAUUAUUUAGUUUGACUGUGGUUUUAUUCUGGGUUCCUUUUGUCGUGGAUUCUUGUAAAGAUUCUUGUCAAAAUAUUAUUUUGGACGAUGACUCGGAAAUUUCGUUAUUCGAACAUACCAAAUAUGUUUAUUUGGAUUCUCAAAGUAAUACCAUUGGGGAAAUUUUUAAUCCUCCUAUCGAUUUAAAUUUAUGUUCAUUACCAACCGAAAUACUUUUGAGAAUCUUGUAUGAACUUAUUUUAUCCGAAUCUCCUAAUCCUCCAAAGACUGCUGUAACUUCUCUACCUUUAGUAUGCAAAAUCUUUUACAUGUUAUCACAUGAUCGUAUCGUGUGGGAACAAGUUUUCAUGUCUGAAUAUGAUGUUUCGGCAAGAAAACGACGGUUUGUCACGUGUAAUUUCAGAAAAAUUUUCUUUCAACGUUCUCAAUUAAAUGUUGAUACUAUGGAUUCUAGUCUUCAUGCUUUGGAAAGAUUAGGUCCAUUUGAUAGUAUUAUAGAGCGCAUUGCUGUAAAAUUACGUGGACGUGUAAUUCGCUGGGAUCCUAAUAAUGAUGUUGUGUUUCCUAUGCUUGAUUGUCAUGCUUUACAUAUUUAUCUUUUAUACUUUGCUAAUGAAGAAAGAACUCCUGUUAUUCCUGAAUCAAGCAUUUUUGAUUCAAGAAAAUGUGAUAAAUGGUUACAAUGGACUCAUAUGGUUGAUGUAUAUUCUUCAAAUAAAAUUUUAUGGUGUCUUCGAAAUGAUGGUUAUGAUUGGCCUAAAAGUCCUCAAAGAUAUUGGACUGGUUUAGUUACGGAUAAUGAAAUUUUAUCCGUUGAAAAAUUAUUAUUAGCCGAUUUUAAUUUUAUGGAACUUGAAAUUGUUGCAGAACAUAGUGAAGAAGGUUUUGAAAAUCUUGUUGAAAAAGUUGAUUCAAAUUAUGUAGAUAGUGCAAAGUAUUAUAUUUUAGAUGGUUCAUUAACUGAUGAUAAUGGUAAAGAAUUUAUUAUUGAAGGUGAAUCUAUUCCAAUCGAUAAAGGUAGAAGGGUAAAUUUUGUUGGUAAUAAAGUUUGGAAUUUUUGUGGUUUUAUGACUGCUUUUGGUAUUAUUGGGAGAUGUUGGUUAAACGGUGUAAAUAUUGAAAAUGCUGGUUUUUUCUGGCUUUGGGAAGAUAUAUAA